AUGUCAAUUUCCGACUGUUGCAUCCGUGGCUUCACCUGGGAUGGCACCCCGACCGGCCAAGUCGGCAAGCUCGCCAACAAUGACGCUUAUAUCACCGGCAGCAACCCAGACAAAGCCGUGCUCCUCGUACACGACCUUUUCGGGUGGACUUUUUCCAACAACCGCCUGCUGGCGGACCACUACGCCAAGGAGGCCGACGCCACCGUCUACGUGCCGGACUUCUUCGGCGGCGACGUGGUGCCCUCCGACGACAUCAUUGGCGGCCACUGGGACAAGAUCGACCUCAAGGGCUUCCUGGAGAAGCACGCGCGCGCGGUACGCGAGCCCGAGAUCUUCGCGUGCGCCCGCGCCCUGCGCGCCAAGCACGCCCGCGUCGGCGCCGUCGGCUACUGCUACGGCGGGUGGGCGUGCUUCCGGCUUGCGUCCGCGGAGCACCAGCCGCCGCUGGUGGACUGCAUCAGCACCGGCCACCCGUCGCUGCUGGAGAAGGCCGACAUCGACGGCGUGGGCCGCGUGCCCGUGCAGGUCCUGGCCGCCGAGUUCGACCAGGCGUACACGGAGGAGCUGAAGCUGCACACGUUCCAGGCGCUGCAGAAGCUGGGCGUCGCGUUCGACUACCAGCACUUCCCCGGCGUCGAGCACGGGUGCUUGGUGCGUGGCGAUGAGAAGAAGGACGGCGAGCGGGCGGCUAUGGUGAGGGGCAAGAACGCUGCUGUUGCGUGGUUUAAGCAGUAUUUGGACGCCGAGUGA